AUACGGUCUACAUCAAACCCGGGGACCCCCAUACGAAGCACUCAUUCUGUUCUGGCCCUAGCCGUUGCGGUAAUUGAAGUCUCAUUAAAUAGUGAUCGUUUACUUGCACCCCGCAAGUACGAGCUUUAGUGAAAUCACUCUGUCUUUGGGGUGCUAAAAGUUCCUGCCCAGAAGGUGACUACGCGCAUCAUGAGCGGACAACCCGGCAAGUCGGUAAAGAAACAGAAAACAUGCCUGCAGGUGGCCACCAAUGUGACGGAGCAGAAGCACAAUGUGUCGCGCGAGGUGCGCGGCCAGAACCUCGGUCUGUGCCGCGGGUUCCGCGGGUGCACCGUGUGGCUGACGGGGCUCAGCGGGGCCGGCAAGACGUCGAUCGCGUUCGAACUGGAAGCGUACCUCGUCUCGAAGGGCAUCCCGGCGUACGGACUCGACGGUGACAACAUCCGGACGGGGCUGAACAAAAACCUUGGCUUCUCGCAGGUCGAUCGUGAGGAAAACAUUCGCCGCGUGGCGGAGGUAGCGAAGCUGUUCGCGGACAGCGGCGUCGUGUCGAUCUGCAGCUUCGUGUCACCGUUCGCCGAGGAUCGCGAGAUGGCACGCAAAAUCCACAAGGAUUGUGAUCUAAAGUUUUUCGAAGUGUACGUCGACACACCGCUCGAGGUGUGUGAGACCCGGGACGUGAAGGGACUGUACAAGAAGGCCCGCCAGGGCGUCAUCCAGGGCUUCACCGGGGUGACGCAGGCUUACGAGGCACCGGAGUCACCGGAUUUGCGCGUCAGCACCGAGCUGCUGACCGUGCGCCAGUCGACGCUGAUGCUGAUCCGGUUUCUCGAGGACGAAGCCAUCAUACCAAAGUUCCUGAAAGAGGACGCACCGUUACCGGAGCUGUUCGUGUCCGACGAGCUGAAACCGGAAGCGCUAUCGCUGCCCUCGCUCACCAUCAGCACGGUCGAGCUGCAGUGGCUGCAGGUGCUGGCCGAAGGGUGGGCCUUCCCGUUGCGGGGCUUCAUGCGGGAACAGGACUAUCUGCAGGCGCUGCACUUUAACUGCUUGCUGAACGAGGACGAAACCCUGCGCACCAAUCAGUCCGUGCCGAUAGUGCUGUCGGCCAGCGCCGCUGAUAAGCAGCUGCUGGAAGGGGUCAGUGCCCUGGCGCUACACUAUGAGGGGCGCGUGGUGGCCGUUCUGCGGAAGCCGGAGUUUUUCGAGCACCGCAAGGAGGAACGCUGUGCGCGGCAGUUCGGAACGACCAACCGCGAUCAUCCGUACGUGCGGAUGAUCUACGAAGCCGGCGACUAUCUGGUCGGUGGCGAGCUGGAGGCGUUCGAGCGGAUCGAAUGGAAGGACGGCCUGGACAGCUACCGACUGACGCCGAACGAGUUGAGGCGAAAGUUCCGCGACAUGAAGGCGGACGCCGUGUUUGCCUUUCAGCUGCGCAAUCCGAUCCACAAUGGACACGCCCUGUUGAUGAGCGAUUGUCGCCGGCAGUUGCUCGAGCGGGGUUUCAAGAAUCCGGUUCUGCUCCUCCAUCCGCUCGGUGGCUGGACAAAGGACGAUGAUGUACCGCUCCCGGUACGCAUGGCCCAGCACCAGGCGGUACUGGACUCGGGUGUGCUCGAUCGCGAUCACACGGUGCUGGCGAUCUUUCCCUCGCCCAUGAUGUACGCCGGCCCUACCGAGGUCCAGUGGCACGCCAAAGCCCGAAUGAAUGCCGGUGCUAACCAUUACAUCGUCGGUCGGGAUCCGGCCGGUAUGCCGCAUCCGGACAAGAGCGUUUACCCGGACGGUAAUCUGUACGACGGAACGCACGGUGCCCGUGUGCUCAAGAUGGCGCCCGGGUUGGACAGCAUAGAGAUCCUUCCGUUCCGUGUCGCAGCGUACGACAAAUCGGUCUCGAAAAUGGCCUUCUUCGAUGCGGCACGCAAGGCAGACUUUGAUUUCAUUUCCGGCACACGAAUGCGAAGCUUGGCGCGCAGCGGAGACAAUCCACCGGAUGGGUUUAUGGAGCCGAAAGCGUGGCAGAUACUCGCCCAGUAUUACCAAUCGUUGCAGCAGCAGCAGGGCCAGUAGACCACCGACCGCCGGCCGCGUUUUUCCGUUUUAGUGUUUCGUGAAUGCAUUUUAUGUAAGCUUCCGCAAAUUCCGGAAUUGCGGGAGCGUGUAAGAGUAAGGGUCAUUUUUUCUUGGGUCCUGGGGAUGAUUUCUCACUUUUCCACCACCACAAAGGCGACAAAGAGGCGCAGUUCCACGGCGGUUUUACGUUUAUAUUCACCGGUAUCUUUAUUCACAAAAGUCGCAGUGUACUGCGAUGGGCGGGCGGGUCUACUGUGUGAUGUCGGUUGAUGCCCGCAGCAGUCGACAUGAAAGAGCGCGAAUAAAGAUACUUUUGUCAACGGGGGGCGCGGGUACGUAGUAGGCGCGCCCAA